AUGAUGUCCUGUCUCCUCCUCCGGUUCGCCGACGACACAUACACGGAGAGUUACAUUAGCACCAUCGGUGUGGACUUCAAGAUCAGGACAAUUGAGCUCGAGGGAAAGACUGUCAAACUCCAGAUUUGGGAUACCGCAGGCCAGGAGCGCUUCCGAACGAUCACCUCCUCGUACUACCGCGGCGCCCAUGGUAUCAUCGUCGUAUACGAUGUCACUGACAACGACACUUUCACAAAUGUCAAGCAGUGGCUGCAGGAGAUUGACCGCUAUGCCUCCGAAGGUGUCAACAAGCUUCUUGUCGGCAACAAGUCGGACUUGACUGGCAAGAAGGUCGUCGAGUACUCGGUGGCGAAGGCACGAAUUCGCCGACCAGCUCACGAUUCCCUUCCUCGAGACGUCGGCCAAGAACGCCACCAACGUCGAGCAGGCGUUCUUGACAAUGGCCAAGCAGAUCAAGGACCGGAUGGGGUCCUCUUCGACACCCGCUGGCGCCGCCGGCAAAUCGUCUACGAUCACUCCUGGGCAGACGAUGACGCAACAGCAAUCAUCCGGCUGCUGCUGAUGUUCGAGCCUGCGCUCACCCGCAAGACGGGGAAGGACGUCGAUAAGCGGCAAAGGCUGAUCCAGAAAGCUUUGCUCGUGUACGCCAACAAGUUCCAGACGCGUCCCCUCUACGACGGCGGCAGCCUGAUGUAUUCGUCCUCCGCCAUCGAAACUGGAACCUACCGCGUCCAUGCGCAUCGCCAGGAAGCAUCUGCCGAGGCUGCUGGGUGGUACAACAUCAAAAUUAUCCGCACGGCUGGCCAGGAGAUCGAUCCCACAAUUUUGCUGCGACCGGGCAACCACCCCGACAAGCUCGCUGCGACCAAUCUGCUGCAGCUGGUCCUGAUCCAGGCGUCUCAGGAGGAGUAUUUUUCGAAAGGCAAGAGCUACUUCACCCCGGUCGGGUUGCGCGCGCCGACUCGCAUGCCGAUCGAGCUCUGGUCGGGGUACUCCCAGGCCAUGCGCCCGGCCCGAGGCGGCAUGCUCGUGACCGUCGACACCGCGGUCGCGGCGUUCUACAAACGCGGGUCCCUGAUCGACCUGUCGCUCGAGGUCCUCGGGUCCAACAACGUUCGCGACCUGGCCAUCUCGGAUCCCAGCCACCGGGCGUUCGUCACGCUUGCCGCGUUCUUCCACAAGCGGCAUAUCAGGACGCGCACGGCCGAGUCGAGGAUCAAAACGAUUCGUGAGCUGUACCCGGGGCCAGUCGGCAGCUACUCGUUCAAGAACGACAAGAUGGGGAGGAGCACAACGAUUGCUGAAUACUUCCAGAGACAGUACAACAUCCGCCUGCAACACCCCGAGCUGUUCGGGGUUGUGAUUUCGACACCCAAGUCUACUUACCAUCCGGUCAUCAUCCCGGUCGAGCUUUGUGUCAUGGUCGAAGGCCAGUUCUACAAGAAGAAGCUCAGCGGCCAGGCCACGUCGGAGAUGAUCAAGAUGUCGGCCCUGCCCCCGAAAGAACGUCUCGCGACCGUCCAAGGCAUCGCCGGGACCAACGCUCAGCACUCUCCUGUGCGCCGCUUUGCUGCUAGCCAGCACAUGCGAGAAGCCGGGAUGGACAUCGACACGGCUCCACUGGUCGUGGACGGCACGUAUCUGGGCGUGCCGGCGCUGGACUUUGGCUCGGGAUCGGUGACACCGCGCGACGGCGCCUGGAAUGUGAUGAACACGACGUUCCUUAAGGCCAAGGCGCUCGACCGGUGGGCUGUGCUGAACCUCGACCCGCGCGGAAUCCACCAGAAUCUGCUCGCCAAAACCAUCGGGGACUUGAUGGGUUGUUGCCGCAAACUAGGUGAGCAUGGGUAUGUUUUCUGUCUCAUCGCUGACCCUCACUUCAAUCAUUUCAUUGUAGCAGUCAGAGAACCCACCAAGGUCGACACCGUCAAUCCGAUGCAAGCAAAAGAGGUGCAGAUGGCGUCUCGCGUCCGCACUCAAUGUCUCAACGAGGAGAAGCUGCGUCGCGGAAACAACCAAUACUUCAACAAUAUCGCUCUCAAGAUCAACGCUCGCCUCGGGGGUGUCAACGCACGGACCAACUCGUCCGCACUGCAGAAAGCAUGCAGCGUCCCUGUCAUGAUAUUCGGCGCCGACGUCAACCACCCCAGCCCGGGCUCGUCGAGCGUUUCCGUCGCCAGUGUCGUCUGGUCGUUCGACGAGCUUGGCACGCGAUAUUGUGCAACGUCCCGGGUCCAGGCGCCCCGCCUCGAGAUCAUCGAGCCCGAAUCCCUCCAGGAGAUGGUCGCCGGUGCGCUGUCCAUGUUCGGGCAGCGGAACAGAAGGUCGCCUGCGCGCAUCUACUUUUACCGCGACGGCGUCUCCGAGGGCGAGUUUGAGAAUGUCAAGGCGUUCGAGAUCAAGGCCAUCAAAGAUGCGAUAGACCAAGUCUGGACACGAUUCAAUAUCCCGGAUCCCAAGCCGAAGUUGACCUUGAUCGUUGUUGGCAAACGGCACCACGUCUCCUUCUUUCCCGACAAGCCUUCCGCUGGUGACAAGACGGGCAAUUGCAAGGCCGGACUCGUCGUUUCGGACAAACUGGCGAAUCCGUACUACGAGGACUUUUACCUGCAGUCGCAUGCUGCUAUCAAAGGCACAUCGCGCUCGGCGCAUUACACCGUCUUGCUGAAUGAGAUGGGGGACAGCAUGCAGCAAUUGCAAGACUUGUCCUUUGCGCUAUGCCACGUUUAUGCGAAGGCGACUCGUUCGGUGUCCAUUCCGGCGCCAGUCUACUAUGCUGAUCUCGCCUGUGCUCGCGGCAAGUAUCACAUGGACCCUUCCGAGGGGCUGCAUUUCGACACCGCGAGCAACGCAAGCGGAGAGCGUGAGAUCAACCUCGAUCAAUGGUGCAAGGCGUUUCGCCAGGUCCAUUCUAACAUCCAGGGGAGCAUGUACUUUUUGUAG